UCCUUCCACCAACUCGGUCAAAAUACUCUUCCCAUAAAGAUCGAGUCUUCUUCCACUUCUCUCUCCCUCCCUCAACCAGACUUAAGUUAGGCCCUCUCUUUCUCCCCCAUAUAAAUCAAUCCAUCUCUUUUUCUCCCCAUCAUCAUCCUCUUAGCUCUUCUUAUCUUUCUUCUUCUUCUUCUGGAUUGAUCAGAAAUUAACAUGGGACGUUCACCAUGCUGUGAGAAAGCUCAUACCAACAAAGGAGCUUGGACAAAAGAAGAAGAUCAACGACUUAUUAACUACAUCAAAACUCAUGGCGAAGGUUGUUGGCGAUCUCUUCCUAAAUCUGCUGGAUUGCUUCGUUGUGGUAAAAGUUGCAGACUAAGAUGGAUUAAUUACCUUCGUCCUGAUCUUAAAAGAGGAAAUUUUACUGAAGAAGAAGAUGAACUCAUCAUUAAACUCCAUAGUUUACUAGGAAACAAAUGGUCGCUCAUUGCGGGGAGAUUGCCAGGAAGAACAGAUAAUGAAAUCAAGAAUUAUUGGAAUACUCAUAUCAAAAGAAAGUUAUUAAGUAGAGGACUUGAUCCUCAGACUCAUAGACCGAUCAGUACAGCUGGAGGAACCAUUACCAACAACUACAAUAUAAGUAGUUCUGGUUCAUGCAUGGAUCAACCAGAAAUUAUUACCACUAGUAAUGGUACUUCUUCAAUGAUCAAGAUUGAAUCAACCACCAGUAAUAAUCUUAUUCAUAAUGGCAAUUACUAUUCAUCGUCAAUUAAAGAAGCAACAACAAAUAGCAAUAGUACUGGUACAACUGUUGAAGAAGAUAAUGGUCAUCAAACACCGAAAAAAGAAUUUAAUGAUGAUGAUGAUGAUGAAGGACUUAAUCUUGAUCUUUCAAUAAGUCUACCAACUCAUCAUCGGAAACUAUCAUCAUCAACAAAUUCAGCUGAAUCAAAACCAUUUUCAGAGAUAUUUUCUUACCACAAACAGCUAGGGGUUUCUUCAAAUCAUCAUCAACGACAAGGAGGAGUCUGUUUGUGUUAUAAGUUAGGGUUUCAAAGAAAUGAAACUUGUAAUUGUAGCAGUAGUAAUCGUCAUCAAACGUUGAAUAAUCCUAUGAUGAUAUCUAGUGAUCUGUUUAGAUAUUACAGACCAUUGAAUCCUUAAGACUAGGUAGCUAGUUCAAUAUCAGAUUAAUUGUUAUGUUGUAAUUCGUCUAGGAAGUCUUCUUGAUCUUUUGUGAUGCUGAAACAGAAAACACAAAAGCAUAUAGUAUAUAUUUUAAAAAUGGUCUGGUACACUAGACUUCCAUCUUUAGUUGAGAAUUUGGAGGUCAAAGAAUCCAAUUAAUCCAAUCAAAGGAAUUUACCUUGCAAGGUAAAUGAUUUCUUAUUUUGAAAUUUA